CAAGUAAAGCAAAGUCCAACCAACCACAAACACCUCUUAUCCAAAAACCAGCUUCUGUGACGCAAGUUAAGUUGAGCAUUUAUAAUAAACAUAUAGUGGGCAGCACCAAACACAGCCUCGGCCACCAUGAACGACUCCGUGGACAAACUGGUGAUCUUCCUAGCAAAGCGAGACGGCAUCGACAAGCUCGUGAAGACCUUCCAGUACGUGUCGAAGCUCGUAAACUGGCACGUGGAAGCCUCUCACCCGGCCACGGCGAAGCGCUUCAAGCAAUGGGAAGUGGCCGCAGGCCUCAGCAGAAAGGCCUUCAGAACCGGACGCUUCCUCACCGGCUUCAACGUCCUCCGCCGCAACCCCGGCUCCACCCUCUCCCUCCGACUCCUCGCCGUGCUCGCUAACGCCGGCGAGAUGGUCUACUUCUUCUUCGACCACUUUCUCUGGCUCGCCAGAAUCGGCACCAUCGACGCAAGCUUGGCCAGGCGAAUGAGCUUCAUAUCGGCGUUUGGUGAGUCGGUGGGAUAUAUUUUCUUCAUCAUAGCUGACUUCAUCUUGCUGAGGGAGGGGCUUCGGGUGGAGAGAAAGAUGAGAAGCUCCGAGGAGAAAACGGAGGAAGAUGAGAAGGGGAUUCGGAGGAUUAGAAGCGAUAGGGUUAUGAGGCUCAUGGCGGUGGCUGCGAAUGUGGCGGAUUUGUUCAUAGCGGUGGCGGAUAUUGAGCCGAAUCCAUUCUGCAACCACACUGUCACUCUUGGGAUUAGUGGCUUGGUUUCUGCUUGGGCUGGUUGGUAUAGGAACUGGCCUUCCUAAACACAACUAACUAUGCAUGCUGUAAUUUUUUACGUAAGUCUAAUGGAUGAUGCAUAAAUACUUUACUUUAAUCCUCUCUACCUUAAUUAUAAACUCUUGCAUGCUAUUUUCUUUCA